AUGGCUACUCCAGAUCUAUUAAGAAGUAUUCAUAAUAAUCGUAUUGAUAAACUGAUUCUGGAAUCAGUUUAUAAUAACAAUUUAAAAUCAAUAUAUGACAAAGUCAUUGAAAAAAGUGGAACCAAAGCUGUUGAAACUAAAUUUGAUCCUUAUAAGCAUUUGAAAUACUAUGCUGAUGAGAAAGAGAAGGAGAAGUUUCAUUCUACUAGAAGAUUAUCUAUGGAAGAUUUAAGAAGAUCUCACCCUGAUCAAAUCACAGAAAUCGGUGUAACUGAUCCUUUCCCUCUUUUCACUGAUGAAGCUAUUUCAUUAAUGAGAUACUCAUAUCGUUCAACAAGUGGAUUGGAUGCCGGUUUAAGAGGGUACGUUAAGAACAUGGAUACUAUUAAUUGUCCUUUUAUUCAUAGUGCUUGGAACCAUCCUUUGACCAUCGAUUUGAUUAGUAAAAUGGCAGAUGUUGAAUUGGAAAUAAUUUACGAUUACGAAACUGCCGUUGUAAAUAUUUCAAUGAAAAGUGAAGAGCAGGCUGCAGAAGAAAGAAUCAAAUUCGCUAGGGAACAAUCGUUGAGUGGUGUAAGUAAUGGUGAAGAUAUUCCGGCUGUUGUUGGCUGGCAUUAUGACUCUCCACCACUUGUUUGUGUUCUUAUGCUAUCAGAUACAACUAAUAUGAUUGGUGGUGAAACUUGUUUAAGAAAAGGGCUAAGAGAAGGUGAAACUACUGAAGAAGUUAUCCCAGUUCCGGGACCCUCUCGUGGUAAUGCCUGUGUUUUACAAGGUAGAUUUAUUGAACAUAUUGCGCCUAAGCCUUUGGGUUCAAGCGAGAGAAUGACUAUGGUCACUUCUUUUAGACCUAAAAACCCAUUAACAGUUGAAACUUCUGUUUUGAGUACUGUUAAGCCAGAGAUUAAUUGGGGCUCUAGAUAUUCCGAUUAUUAUGCUGAAUGGAUUGACUACAGAAGUGAAAUUAUCAAGAAAAGAUUGGAUCAUUUAAACUCCACCAUCAGAGCUCGUAGAGCUGAUCAUAAAUUUGAUAAGGAAGCAGUGAUGGACAAUUUAAAAGAAAUCUCCAAGUAUCUCAGCAAGACUUAUGAGGAAAUGGAAGUGACGGAUGAAGAAUGGGAACAAAUAAUUCAGAAUAAUAAUCGAAAGUAG